AGGACGUAGUAGAAUAUUUCGCAUCUCUUCGAAAACGGUAUGAUUUGGAGAGUGUAUAUGGUAUUGAUAUGUGCACUUGUGUGCAACACUUUAAACAUCGAUGCAUCGCCUGAAAACGAGUCUCUCGAACUGGAGUGGACCGAUAAUGCUCCGGUCGAACCAACAGUCAGCGACAAUGUCAUUGACAAUGGGACAACUGCCAAUACAACCGCUGGCAGUAGUGUUAGUAGAUAUUAUGAUAAUGUUACGCCACCUGUGUCUGAUUCUGCAACAUUUCUAAAUGGUGAAGCUCGCGCCAGUGUAAUGAGAAACAGAAUGAAGACAACACGACUGGCUUUGAUUCGAAAGCAAAUUUUAACAUCAUUGGGAAUGAAGGAACCCCCCAAAAACAUAAAGCCCAUAUCAGGAGCACAAAUGAAACACAUUGUGCAAAUGUUUCGAAAAACGAUCAGUAAAUCAGAGGAAGGUGAACGAGAGAAUGAAGACCCCCGAUUUAAACGGUUGGAAAUUACAAAGAGUUCUUGCAACCCACCAGCUGGUAUCGAUGUAUUAGCUUGGAAGAACACGUCCUCGUCCGUAUUGAGAUUGUUUUUCGACUUGUCGUUUUACCCAAUAGACGAUUCUAUUAUAUCGGCUAAUCUAAAACUUCACAAAAAGAUGCACCAGUCACCGGGAAGAUCACUUUAUGAUGGAAACACUCGCAAUAACGUGACACAUUCAACAUAUAUUGACGAUGAUGCUGUUAAUGUUGGACUCCAUGACAAUGAAUCCGAAGUUCGCGUUACAGUCUACAAACUGCGCCAUAAGAGCAAUAGGUUGCACCGUAAAUUGCUAGAGACUUUACCCGUUUCUGUUAAUUUUGAAGGUUGGUUGGAAUUCACCAUAACUACAGCAGUAAAAAGAUGGGUCGCAUCACCGGAUAAAAACUUUGGCUUGGAAAUUCAUGUCGAAAAUAUACCAAAUGAGGAAAACUACAACGUCAGUAACAUAGAAUUUGAUUCUCCCAACUGUGAUAAUACAUCUAGUAAUAAACCCCUAGCGCAAAUGUACGAGACUUUUGAGCCGAUCCUCGAAGUGAUGACUAUUUCAGAAAGGUCAAGACACGUACGAAGUAGUUCAGAUGGGUGUAUGAGUUCUGCCACAUGUUGUGCAUCGCCACUGUAUGUUUCAUUCGAAGAUCUUGGAUGGAAUUAUUGGAUUCUUGCCCCUAGAGGAUUUAACACCGCGUUCUGCACAGGCAGUUGUAUACCAGUUUACACUUCUGAUAAAAGUAACCUACCAAGAUCAUAUUUUUGGCAUCGGGCUUCAUUGACAUCGCCAGAAAAGAAUUAUUGCUGUGGACCGACUAAAGUAAAGCCUCUCCGUGUGUUAUAUGUGAGCCAAGAUGGUACAUACGGGAUUACCUCAUUGAAUGAUUUCAUCGUACAAAAAUGCGGUUGCAGAUCUUAA